AUGUCCCAAUCACUAGACUCCAAGGAGCAACCUCCUCUGGCAUACCAUUGGUUUUUGUUAGGAUGGAUCGUUUCCAAAUUCGAAUUCAUUCAAAGGUUCCUAUACACUACUGCGGGUUUCAAUGUGCUAAGAGAGCUUGACUUGGGGCAUGCCAAAGAAAGAUGGACUCCUAACGUUGUCCCAAUCGCAAGCGAGGCAGAUCUUCCUUACAUCCCAAAUAUCGAUCCAUCAUCAUUUCAAGAUCUUCUGAAUAAUAUUCCAGGUCGAUACCAUACGGUAUUAGAUUAUCACGCCAAGUAUCUUUCUAAAGAGCUCACCCCACUCGCAGUCAUAGAGUCUCUCCUUCCCCUCAUCCGUCGGGAAGUUACUGUUCCCUCUCAUCAUUCUCUUUCUUUCAUUGCAAAAAAUGUCUCGUCUGUUCUCGCGGCUGCCAAAGAGUCAACAGCACAUUUUGCAGCCGGAAAAUCAUUCGGAAUACUCGAUGGAGUGCCAACAGCCAUCAAAGACUCAUCAGAUAUAGCUGGGUAUCAAACCACGAAUGGACGAGCUGAGAAUGAUGCGUUUCCAAUAGCGGAGACCACCACUUGCAUGUAUGAAUAUGGUACCGACACUACAGGCCUCAAUCCAAAUUGGGGAACGCCCCAAAAUCCUCAUAACAAAAAGUAUUAUCCGGGUGGCUCUUCAUCUGGCUCAGCAUGCGCCGUAGCAGCAGGGUUGAUGCCCUUUGCUUUUGGGGCCGAUGGGGGAGGAAGUAUCCGUAUUCCCACAGCAUUUUGCGGUAUAUACGGAUUCAAACCUACGUUUGGAAGAUUAGAAGAUAUUGGCAGUACUGUCGCUGUGACUGGCCCUUUGGCGGCCACGAUGACAGAUCUUGAAGCGAUGUAUCGAGUCAUGGCGCAGCCAGAUCCAUCAGAACCAACAGGUCAGUUUUUUGCGCCGCCGAGCACAAAUCUCACAGCGAUUUCACAAGCAAAAACGAUAGGUAUUUACAAGCCAUGGUUCGCGCGAGCCGAUGAUUCAGUUCUUGAACCUUGUCAAAAUGCCGUAGACUACUUUCAGAACGAGUUAGGUUACACUGUGGUCCCAAUCGAAAUUCCUUACAUUUCUGCAGGACAAAAGGCUCAUCUUGCUGAUCUCAACCCCGCAAACAAGAUAGCUCUUGGAGUUGGCGCACAAACGACUGCUCAAGACUAUCCUCUCGCACAACAAAUGCGUAAUAUCCUCAUGCAACAUCUUGCGUUUCUGUUCAAAAAGUAUCCGGGACUACUUAUCGUGACCCCAACAUGCCCUAUGCCAGGAUGGGAUAUCAAAUCUGAAAGAGAUCUCAAAUAUGGUUCUACGAAUGGCAAUCUUACCUUUCGUAGUGUGGAAUAUGUGUGGAUUGCCAAUUUGUGUGGAAAUCCUGCGAUUAAUGUUCCUGUUGAUCCCGUUGAGACGGCCGGUGAAGGAAAGAUUCCGAUCGGUCUUAUGGCAAUGGAUGAUUGGGGAUCGGAAGAUCAAUUGUUGGGAUGGGGUAGAGAGGCUGAGAUUUAUUUGAAUCAUGUUUAUGAAGGUGGCAGAAAGAGACCCAACGGUGAAGGCUGGGUUGAUGUCUUUAAGCUUGCUAGUGGCUAG